AAGGAAGCUGGUGCUAGUGGGCUAGUGUUUUUUGCUCGAGCCCGAAGUCAAACGCGAAGAAAGCGAUUAGGAGUGGAUUGCGUUGAAGAGGCAAAAAUUGUAAUUUGGAUGUGAAUUUUAACUCCAGUUUCAAUUUCUAUACAUUAUACAGUUUGAGGUUUUGUCUUCUAUUUCCUGCAGUGCAUCUGGAUUUGCGGGUUCCCAGGAGUGGAAAAUAAUGGCUGCUGGAUCAACACUACAGAAGGCAAUCGAUAUAGUCACGAAGGCCACUGAAGAAGAUCGUAAUAAAAACUACGAGGAAGCGUUACGCCUGUACGAGCACGGAGUGGAGUACUUUCUGCAUGCCAUUAAGUACGAAGCACAGGGAGACAAGGCUAAGGAUUCCAUCCGAGCAAAAUGCCUCCAAUAUCUGGAUCGAGCUGAGAAGCUGAAGGCAUAUCUGAAAAAAGGCAAAAAGAAGCCGGUGAAGGAUGGAGGCAGCAGCUCGAAGGAAAGCAAAGGCAGUAAGAACAACGGUGAUAGUUCGGAUUCCGAUUCCGAUGAUCCGGAGAAGAAAAAACUGCAAUCGAAGUUGGAGGGUGCCAUUGUAGUGGAAAAGCCGCACGUCAAGUGGUCAGACGUUGCAGGAUUGGAAGGGGCAAAGGAGGCAUUAAAAGAAGCUGUCAUUUUGCCGAUUAAGUUUCCACAUUUGUUCACGGGAAAGCGAAUCCCCUGGAAGGGAAUUUUACUGUUUGGGCCACCCGGUACUGGUAAAUCGUAUCUGGCCAAAGCAGUUGCCACGGAAGCAAACAAUUCAACAUUUUUCUCUGUAUCAAGUUCAGAUUUAGUAUCCAAAUGGCUUGGCGAAUCGGAAAAGUUAGUCAAGAAUCUGUUCGAAAUGGCCCGGGACCAUAAACCAAGCAUCAUAUUUAUCGACGAGGUGGACUCCUUGUGUUCGUCACGAUCGGACAACGAAAGUGAAAGUGCACGACGAAUCAAAACGGAAUUCCUCGUUCAAAUGCAGGGUGUUGGUAGUGAUAAUGACGGCAUUCUGGUCCUUGGAGCCACCAAUACUCCCUGGAUUUUAGACUCCGCUAUACGGAGACGAUUCGAGAAACGCAUCUAUAUUCCAUUGCCUGAGGAACACGCGCGUUUGGUAAUGUUCAAGCUCCAUCUGGGCAACACGUCUCAUUGUCUUACGGAGGAAAAUAUUCGUACUCUGGCGAACAAGACGGAAGGCUACUCGGGGGCAGAUAUUUCGAUUGUGGUUCGCGAUGCAUUGAUGCAACCAGUACGAAAAGUACAAUCAUCGACUCACUUCAAAAAGAUAACCGGACCGUCCCCCGUUGAUAAGGAAACGAUCGUCAACGAUCUACUGGUACCCUGCAGUCCGGGUGAUGCCGGAGCAAUCGAAAUGACUUGGAUGGAGGUACCUAGCGAUAAGCUGUCCGUUCCACCCGUUACGAUGAGUGACAUGCUCAAGUCGCUUUCCAGCACCAAACCGACCGUAAACGAGGAAGACAUGAAAAAGCUAGACAAAUUCACGGAAGAUUUUGGACAGGAAGGCUAGAACGUUUGGUCGGUAAGGAGAAAUCCAACGCAGGCGCGUUACGAACAUCCUUUCCGCUGUGGACCAGAAUUUCUUUUCGUAAGUUUAUCGUUGUUUAAAUUCUUUCAGUUUGAUCUUGAUAAAUAUUAUUAAACUUUUAUGAUUUAAUUUGUGUUUUCGGAAGAUGAUAGAUGUACCUAUUUGAUGGACAGUUUAAAAGUGCUUUUAAUUCAUAGCGGCAACUGUGAAACAAUGGAAGGUGAUAAUCCGCGGAAUACUUAAUAGAUUUUAUUGCCCCAGAUUCAAUUUCACCAAAUAUUUUUGAUUUAAUGAUUAUUUGAUAAUGUUUUACUUUUAACCUACGGUUCUUUUUUUUUUUAUUCUACACUGCAAAAUAGUACGAAUAAUAUAUGAGCACCGUGAUUCGUAAAGAGGGAGUAAUCAUUAAUAAUCAAUUUUCGAUUUAUUUUUGUGUUGUAAUCCAUCCAAAUUAUGCGAACAGUUUUGGGCACUCUGAAUGUAUAAGUCAAGUACAUUGAAUGAAAUGUACUAUCAAUUGGACACUGCUAUAUAAAUUUGUAGACAUUAUUACUAUUAUUGAUUGGAAGCAAACGAAAUAAACUUGCUGAUUCAGAGAAAUAAAUAAGUAAAUAUUAAACUGUUAUAUUCCUGAUAA